GUACUUGUAAUCCCAGUUUAUUUAAUUCUACAGUGUCGUAGUUUCAAAUUAUUCAUACUCAACAAUAAACGUUUACAUUUUUAAUCGUAAUGGCUAACAUAGUAGACCUAAUAGAUUCAAAACCACCAUUUAAUGAAUAUCUUUCUGGAAAAUAUAAAAAAAGCUUUGCUUAUACAACAAUAAAAGAUCGUCUACCUGUGAUCGUUACACGUAUUAUUGAUAGUUUAAGCCAAUACAAAGAUUUAAUAAUUAAAAAAUAUGGUUCGGACGCUUCUGAAGAGUUGAAACAAAUAAUAGGAAGCCUGAGUGAAUUAAAAAGUGAGUUGAUGACUAAUAAACCAUUAAAAUUUUUAAAUUCGUCGUCUAAUGAGGAAGAUGAUACUUUAAAAUGGAAUGACUGUAUUAAAUAUCAACAAUCUAAAGGUGGAAAUGAGCCGACAUGGUACCAUACUGUAUGGUUACUGAGCGAAUGCUAUAUGUAUCGUCGAAUAGCACAAAUUUUAGCAUCAACAACAACAUUAUCAACUUAUGAUCCGUUUGAAAAACAAAAACAAGACAAUUUUACGGCGUCCAUAGACACGAUUUUAAUGUUGACACAUUAUACUACAAACAUUUUGAAUAAGUCAAAAUUUCAUUCACUGAAUGAUAAAAAGGAUGGACUCUUUCAUUUGUUAAAAUCAUGUCUUUGGGGGAAUAAAUGUGAUCUAUCUCUAAGCAAAGGUAUGCCGUUGAAAUUUGAAGAUAUAAUUAACCAAAUGAACAUGAACGAAGAAAAUAUUUUAAUUGAUGAUAGUCCUUUAGUGUGGGAUAUUUUAAAUCAAUUUCAAGAAAAUACGACAAACAAUAUCAUUGAUAUUGUAUUAGAUAAUGCAGGAUAUGAACUUUUUACUGACUUUUGUAUUGCUGCAUUUUUAAUAGAAUAUAACUUUACUAAAAAAGUUAGGUUCUAUGUCAAACGGAUUCCUUGGUUUGUUAGUGAUGUGACUGAACAAGAUUUUUUUUGGUCGAUUAACGCUAUGAAAAAUUCAACUCAUACUGAUUUAAUGACAUUGGGCCAUCUGUUUUCGUCCUAUUUAGAAGAUGGUAAAUGGACUGUUGAAAUUGAAUCUUUUUGGACGGAACCAUAUGAUUUUUCGGAAAUGAACAUCCAAUCACCGAAAUUGUAUGAAAAAUUAUCUGAAGCUACCUUAGUUAUAUUUAAAGGAGAUUUGAAUUAUCGAAAACUAUUGGGAGAUAUUAACUGGGACUAUACGACUGAUUUAAAAACAGCAUUGCGAGGAUUUCAACCAACUAAUAUAGUCACGUUAAGAACAAUAAAAGCUGACUUGAUUGUUGGAUUAUCUCAUGAAAAAGUUGAUAAACUAUUCAGUAAACAAGAAGAUUGGAUGAUUACAGGCCAGUAUGGUCUAAUCCAUGCUCUUCUUGACGAUAAUGAGUUGCGAAACAAUGCCAAAUAAUAUUUUCUAGUGCUAUUCAGAUGUCAAAUUGAUAAUUUUGCAAUUUAUUAUCCAAGAGAAUUUUUCAAAAAAAUUAAAUUGUAGACAAUUUAUACUUUUUCCAUCUUAUGGGCAUGACAUGAAUAGAAAUAGAAAAAAACUUCUGAUUUUACUCUAUGUAAAAUCAUAUUUAUUUCAUUAACUUUAAUAAUACAAUCACUAAAAAAUAUGAAAUUAAAUAACUAUGAUCUGUAAAUAUAUAAUAUUUUUGUAAUCUAUAAAUAUUUGUACAAUUAUUUAUUCUCUAUUAAAUAAUACAGUAAUAUUUUUAACGUUUGACAGAAAUAUUUCGCUAACAAUGAUAAAAUUAUUGAUAAAUCAAUUAUUAUUGCUGUCACAUUUUAAAAUAAUUGGAUUCUAUGAUACAUUUUAAAUCAAACUAUUGCUUAAUGAAAUAUCGUCAAUUAAUCGAAUUAAUUAUGAUAGAAAUUAAUAAAAAUGCGGAGUAGUUAUAAGUAAAAGAUACAUUUUCAAAAUAUAGAUAAAAUAUAAAUUAAAAUUUGUGCUAUUAACUAAAAUAUUAUAAUAAAUGUAUAUUAAUCUAUCACACCUUCACAUUGUAAAUGAAUUUCUAGCGAAUGAUUACUUACAAUUUUAUCAUAUAAAUUGAAAUCAGUGCUGGAAUGACUUUCAUAGCAUGGGCAUUGAUAAGAUUAUCAUCAAGAAUAAUUCGUUUAAAUAUGUGUUUAAUAAUGUCGUACUCACGGUUUCAUUUAUAUACUUUAAUUUGAUUUCUUACAAUGCAUAAACAUAAUAUUUUCUCAAUAACAAUUUCUAUUUAAAAAAAAAAAAAAAAAAAAAAAUUGCGGUGAGAAAUAUAUCAUCAUAUUCUUUCUGCAUAAUUUCUCGCCAGUAAAAUGUUGGGAAGAUGAAUCAUUGUGGAAGAAGUUUUCUAUUCAAAGUAGUAAAAUUAGAAUACUUCCAACCACUUGAUUGUAAUUUAUGUCACGUUUAGAGUAGAUUCCUGUCAACAUACCAAUAAAAAUUAAUUAUUCAA